GCGGCGGCGGCGGCGGCGUUGGGCGGGAGGCCGGCCGGCUCCGAGGGCGGCCCAGAGGGGCGGCGGCGAGCUUCGUCCCUGAGCCGCGAGGCCGAGCUCCGGGCCUUCCGCUGGUGCCGGGAGUUCCUGGGGGGCGCCUGGCGGAGAGUGCGGCCCGAGGAGCUGGGCGUCAGCCCCGUCAGCGGUGGCCUCAGUAACCUGCUGUUCCGCUGCUCCCUCCCCGAGCACCUCCCCAGCGUCGGGGAUGAACCGCGCCAGGUGCUGCUCAGAGUCUACGGGGCCAUUCUGCAGGGCGUGGAUUCCCUGGUCCUGGAAAGCGUGAUGUUCGCCAUCCUGGCGGAGCGGGAGCUGGGCCCGCGGUUGUAUGGCGUGUUCCCUGAGGGGCGACUGGAGCAGUACAUUCCGAGCCGGCGACUGCAGACCCAGGAGCUGAGGGAGCCGGGGGUGUCCAGGGAGAUUGCGGAGAAGAUGGCUCGUUUCCACGGGAUGGAGAUGCCGUUCAACAAGGAGCCCUUGUGGCUGUUUGGGACCAUGGAACGGUACCUGAAGCGGAUCCAGGAUCUGACCCAAGGACCCCCCGCCCAGCGGCCCAGCCUCAACCUGCUGGAAGCUUACCAUCUGGCGGAUGAGAUGCUCAGUCUCAGGCAGCUGUUGGAGUCAACCCCAUCGCCUGUGGUCUUCUGUCACAAUGACGUGCAAGAAGGAAACAUCUUGCUGCUCUCGGGGCGCGACACUAACUCCUCUGACCGACUCAUGCUCAUCGACUUUGAGUACAGCAGCUACAAUUACAGGGGCUUUGACAUUGGGAACCAUUUCUGUGAGUGGGUUUACGACUACAGUCAUGACCAGUGGCCAUUCUACCGCGCCCGGCUCUCUGACUACCCAUCCCGGAGCCAGCAGUUGCACUUUAUCCGUCAUUAUCUGUCAGAGGCAUUGGGGGGCGUGACCCCCUCCCCUGAGGAACAAGAGCGCUUGGAGGAGGAGAUGAUCUUGGAGAUCAACCGAUUUGCUUUAGCCUCACAUUUCUUCUGGGGACUCUGGUCCAUCCUGCAGGCCACCAUGUCCACCAUCGAGUUUGGGUACCUGGAGUAUGCCCAAUCCCGUUUCCAGGCUUACUUCCAGCAGAAGGCGCAGUUGACCUGAGCCUGCCCUACCGGAGGGUUGUUGUGGCCCUGCCAGCCGCAACGCUUGUGCCCCCUCCCAGGCAAGGGACAGGGGAUGGCCCCCGGCACUGGCCUCCCCCUCUCACCUCCCACCCUCCCUCUCCCAGAGUGGACCAAGGCUGGAGCUCUGUAUCCCUUCAGGCUGGGACUGGGGAAGGUCUGAGAACGGGAGUGGAGGAGGGAGGCAGAGAGGGCGAACAGCGGGCUGUGAUGGAUCUGAGCCUGGCGGGGCGGGGGCCACUGACAAGGGACCAAGUUCCAGUAGGACCGGACCAAGGUCCAGUAGGACCAGACCAACUGCUGGAAACUCCUGAAUCUUUACUGGGGCUUCUGUGACCUCUCCAGCCAGUGGCCAAACUGCGAGGAGGGAAGGGUGGAGGGGGACAAGCAGGUUGCAGUUGUUCACCCUACUGGACCCCUGCUUUGUGUGGUCUCUGCCCCCCACCCCCAGCCAUGCUCUGGAGCUGAACCUUACGACCAAUAAAUCUGAAUGUUUCCUGA